AGUUAUAAGUCUGUUGUUAAUUAACAGUAAUUUUCAGUGUGUCUGAGAGCACCGUUGUCCCAGUCACCGGAAGUCUUCUUGAAGCUGCGUCUCCAACAGAGACAGCGGCGUCGACGUUUUUUUUCUGCCUUGUUUUUUUUUUCCCUCGACUUUUUUUUUUUUCUGUCCGUCUUUUUUUUAUUUUUUCGCUGCGAGAUGAACAGACAGUGAGGAAUGGAGGCGUAGGGAGCAAGGCUAGUUUUGUUUGCUCGUCGGCCAACCGGCGGAGCAUAUGAAUAUAGAGGCCUCAUUCUAGCUAGAGAAAGCCAACGAACAAAAGGAGAAAAUUAAUGGAGGCAAGUUAGCUUGCCCCCUUUUCUUAGCGUUAAGCAGCUAACGUUAGCCAUGUUUGUGCCAUCCCCAGAUAACCAAUUUAGCCCGCGGCAGCUAUUUGGUUGCAGCGUACCAUCUGUGCCUAGACUUUGCAAGAUGGUUUUUAACCAUUUAAUUUAAUGUUUUAAGUCAACUCAAAUCACUGCUAGCGCUAGCUCCUAGCUAGCUGUGCCACAGUGUUGCAGCUUCUUCCCUCUCGUCAAAAAUGGCUCUCAGUUCACUGAAACAUUGACAUUGAAAUUCACCAAUAUAAUGCCUCUUCUGUUUUACGUUGAGUUGCAAAAUGGCUACAGCAUGUUGGCUAUUAGCUAAUUUGUCUCUUUCACUAAUGGUUGCUUCAGCUUCGUCGAAAUAAGGCUGAUAUUGCUAAAGAUUUUUGAUGCAGUGCAUUCCCCCUGAUUGAGCAUCUUUGCAAAGUCAUUUACCAUCCUCCUCACCUGAAAUAAUGGACGAUUCCCAUUUCAACUCAUCAUACUUUUGGUCUCCCGUCCCCACUGUACAAGGACAGAUCGAGAACGCCAUGUUCCUAAACAAGGCAAAGGAGCAGCUGGGUCCAGAGAAAGCCAAUGGACCUCCUUUCCCUCAUUCUUCUGCAUCUUCCACAUCAUCCCCCCACUUUCCUACAGCUGUGCUUGCCAUCCCAAGCUCAGUGGACCCAGGAUCUGGGGUGCGGGUGGUCCCAAAACAAGAAGGGGGUGGUAGUGGUGCAGGAGUUGGCGGAAACAGCAGUGGCGCCUCAUUGAGUGCAGUCGGGGGGCAUUUACACCAGUCUCACACCUCCCAGAACGUCACUGUUGUGCCUGUUCCCUCCACUGGGAUCAUGACUGCAGCUGGGUUAGUGAUCACCACCCCUCAAGGCACGCUUGUCCCAACAGCCUCAACUCAGUCGUUUGUAACUGGACCCCCCUCUGCCACCACCAUGAUAGUGUCUGCAUUGCACCCAUCAAAUACAGAUAAGAAAGACGAUGUUGCUGUUCCUCCUGCAGUUGUCAUGCCGACGCCAUCAAAGCGAGGCAGAAAGAGCAAACAGGGGAUGGGGAGAGUGGGCGGGGUCCUCCCUCCAGGAAGUGAUGCAUUAAUAUUGGCUCACCUUGCUGCUGGAGGACAGCAUCACACUGCUGACCCAUAUGAUCUGUCUAACGAUGAGGAUGAUCAUACCAGCAAAGACGGCCCCAAGUCCUACAGGUGCCGGAUGUGUGCGGUGACUUUUUUCAGCAAGUCGGAUAUGCAGAUCCACGCCAAGUCCCAUACGGAGGCAAAGCCCCACAAGUGUCCUCACUGCUCCAAGUCGUUUGCCAACUCCAGCUACCUGUCCCAGCACAUCCGCAUCCACAGCGGGGCCAAGCCCUACACCUGCACCUACUGCCAGAAAACAUUCAGGCAGCUCAGUCACCUGCAGCAGCACACACGAAACCACACGGAGGCAAAGCCCCACAAGUGUCCUCACUGCUCCAAGUCGUUUGCCAACUCCAGCUACCUGUCCCAGCACAUCCGCAUCCACACCGGGGCCAAGCCCUACAGCUGCUCCUUCUGCCAGAAAACAUUCAGGCAGCUCAGUCACCUACAGCAGCACACACGAAUUCACACAGGGGAUCGGCCGUACAAGUGCAGCCAUCCCGGCUGUGAAAAAGCUUUCACCCAGUUGUCCAACCUACAGUCUCACCGCCGGCAGCACAACAAAGACAAACCGUACAAAUGCCACAACUGCAAUCGUGGUUACACAGACGCCGCCAGCCUGGAGGUUCAUCUGUCCACGCACACCGUCAAACAUGCCAAACUCUUCUCCUGCGGCCUCUGUAACAGAUCCUACACAUCCGAAACCUACCUAAUGAAACACAUGAGGAAACACAACCCUGACCCGUUGACCGUGGCAGCAACGGUGGCAGCUCAGCAGGCCCAAGGCCUCAGCACGGGUGGAGGCGGCAGGGGUCGAGGCCGUGGUCGAGGGAGAGGAGGUGUUUCUGGUGGAGGUGGCAGAGGUGCAAGCCAGCUUCAAAGUCAAUCCAACCCCAACAACACCAACCAGAACCCGAAUCCUGGACCCCCAGGCAGCUAUCAGUCUACCCAGCAGCCCUCAGAAGCUGUGGUUCAAUGCCCGUUCGACCUCCACCAGUACAAGACAGUGGCAGCCAAUGAAAUCCAAUACAAGCCUGUCACUGUGGCUGACCUCCCAGUUACCCACAAAGACCUCUGCCUCACCGUCUCCACGUCAGCCAUUCAGGUGGAGCACAUGAACUCGUAGACUGCAGCCUCCCGCUCUGCUCACUGUAAAAAGCUCCAUAUGAACAAAUUUAUUCAAAAUAUGGUAAAAACUUUUCCCUCCUUGUCAGACAUAUGCAAGUCAUCUGCUUAGCAAUCCUCCACUGAAUGAAACGGUUUCCCGGAAUCCACUCUGAAAAACGCAAAGUUCUGCUUUACAAUCAAAAGUUGGAUUUGAUUCUGACACUUUGAGACUAAAAACAACAGAGAUGUUCUUAUCAGAUCAGACAUUUCACAGUGAGCUUUCCCUCCCCUAAUACCCCUGUAGAUUGCUGGUUUAAGAGGUUUGUCUGCACAUUUUAAAGCCAAACCUGGACUGAAAUAUUUGAAAACUUUCAAAAAGGAGUCAUUGAUUUCUUUGCUUUGUAAGAACCUUAACUCAGUGGUCCUAAGCCGAUGGAUCUGAUCCUCGGUGACUAAACUUUGAAAUAUCGGGAAAGAAAAAUUACUUUUUUCUGUUCUCAGUUCUUCACAGGAUUCUGAAGUCUAAGGAAAUGUAUUUUUUAACUUUCUCCAAAUUUUAUUUUACACCCAACAAAGGGAAAAUGGGAGGACAAGAAGGCUUUGAUUAAAUACAACUGAAACCGUCACAGCAACAACUACCACAGUGGACUACAAUAUUCCAAAAAUUAAGGAGAAGAACAUCAAAAUGUGUCAGUGGCAUUCGAGUGCCAAGAUGGACAAACCUGAGAAAAGAACUGGAACAGGAAAACUGCUGCUUGGAAAACGGGGCGAAACUCUGCAACAACAAAGGACUGGCGUCACAGACCAGCAUCCUCCAAACGCUCCCGUUCUCCGAGAAGAGCAAAGGAACCAUGAUUUUCUGAGGAUCGUCUCCGAAUGUACUGAACACAGAAUCUGCAGCAGAGCGAGGCGGAAACACGAGAGAAAAAGGACAGGAAGUGGUCCUAAAGAAAGCACUUGAUGGAACUUCUACUUUAUGUUUGACAUUGUUUGUCUUUUUUAUAUCUAUAUCAUAUGUUUGUAUUUUUCUACCAACAGAGGAACGUGUAAUGAUAGAGAGAAGAAAAAGUCAGUGCAUGAAUGUGAUGAGAACUGAGACGAGUAAUGGUGUUACAUUUCAUUGUUCUCCCAGUGAAGACAGUCCAGCUUUGUGUUGUCAGGAUGGCUGAAUGGAGUAUAUGAUUGUGUGAUAAAGAUGGCUGAUAGGUACUGUUAUUGAUCUUUUUUUAAAAGACCUUUUCAUACAGGCUAUUACUACUUUCAUUAUAAAUGUAAUGCUAAUUUUAUCCAUAUAAUAUCCAGUCUGAGGCAUUAUGGUAUUGCAGUAUGCUGUACAUAGAAUAGAUAGACUUUUUCAUCUGCAAAAGGGAAGAAUGACUUUUGUGCAUAAUAUACAUGAAAACUAAAGAACUCCAGUUAAGAAGAACCAAAUCAUUGGCUUUGUCCAAGCCUGCAAAGCAGGCGCACGUCCCAAAAAAAAAGAGUGGAGCUGCUCCCAUUUCUUAAUUACAUUUCAUUUAUUAAUGGAAAUACAUGUCAAACCCUCUAAAACAAAUUGCAGCCAUACAGUUAACUUUCUGGAUUUUAUUUGUAGUCACUUGCAAUUACUUUAAUGGUGCUAUGUCUGAAAUGAACCAGCCCCAAUCUAAAAACAUGCCUGUGCUCCACACAUGAUCUAUGAUAAUUAUGAAAUAAACAAUGGGACUGAGCUCCACUAUCUACCUAAUCCAAAUGAUGGAAGGGUCUGUAUGACAGACACAUGCUCUUAGUGUGUACUCCACCUUGUAUUUCAUUGUGUUUUUUUCUGAAAAGUAACAUGCUCCUGAUAAAAACAGUUGUUAUUGUCCUUCUAUGCUACACUCUUGCAUAUUGUAUGCACAGUUAAACCUUUUAUUCAUCUGAACAGACUGUUUCUUCCCUUAUGAAAAUAAAGUUCAAAAACUUUCUGAUUAAAAAGAACACUUUUUUGUUUCA